GAUCACAUCUCUUGAUUAAAAACGUGUAAUGUUCUCUUACUUUGAAUAAAGAGUUAUUUCUGUUGAGUAAAAUUCAGUGGUCAUUCAUUGAUCCUUUUGAACAAAGUGGUAUGGUGAACUCAAAUGGCGUUAGAUAUUUUAACAUAUAUUUAAACCAAUAGUCACCACCUGCAAUUUUAACAACACCUUGAAUAGAAGUGGAGCGAUUUUAUGGCGAAAGAUUAUCAAGGCAGGGUUGAACAUUAUCUUCGAUUCAUGUAAAGUUUAUCUGGCAAGCUAGUAGCGCACCAUGGAGACCCAGUUUUCUACAGAGAAAUCAGCGUAUUAUUCCUCUACACACAAUUACAAACCUUGAAUAUAGUGAGGAAGGAGAUGAUAUAGUUUGGAAAGGAAAACUGAUUGCAAGAUUAUUUGACUCUAAGAUCAUUCCAUUUAUUCUUUCUCGGGUAAACUUUGUGAGAAUGAAUUAUCCCACUCAUACUGGUGUUGAGCACAUUUCGAGCGCAGAGUGGAUGGCGCAGCUAACUAAGUGGAUUGAUCAGAAAAAGUAUAACCGUGUUCUGUUAAUAGAAAGUGCUACGGAGGCAGUGAGUAAAAUAGAGAAGCGUAAAGGAGAAAUGGCAAAUCUCUACAUUAAUAAUCUGGUGGAUUGCCAGACGCGUAAAGAAGAAGAACAGAAACAACUCAGACUACAACCACAACAACAACAGCUAUGCAAUCUAGAACUGCAACGACGCCAAUCCGAAGAAGAAAAAUUACGACUAGAAAGAGAACACCGACAAAAAACCUAUCAACGGCUACUAGAAAAACAAGAACAACGGAAACAGCAAAAACUAAUAAAACUAAGACAACGACAACAAGAAAAACAGCAACAACAAAAAAACGAUCAACCGCAAAAUAAUCAACAACAACAUCUUCAUCCUGAUCAAUUUCCUCCAAAUGAUCCAAAUAAUCCAUAUAAUUAACAAAAGUUUGU